AUGAAGCACCUUGCUGCCUACCUCCUCCUUCAGAUCGGUGGAAACGCCUCACCCUCUGCCGAUGACAUUAAGACCGUCCUCAGCUCUGUCGGUAUCGAUUGCGAUGGUGACCGUGUCAGCUCUCUCCUCAAGGAACUUGAGGGCAAGGAUAUCAACGAGUUGAUUGCUGAGGGGUCCUCAAAACUCGCCUCCGUCCCAUCUGGUGGCUCUGGUGGUGCUGCUUCUGGUGGUGCCGCCGCUGCUACCAGCGGUGGUGCUGCCGCCGAGGCCCCCGCCGAGGAGAAGGAGGAAGAGAAGGAGGAGUCCGACGAGGAUAUGGGUUUCGGUCUCUUCGACUAA